GUCAGGCGUAUGAAUUUUCCAGUUCAGGUAGCGGGCUAAUUGUAAUAACAAUAGAGUAAGAAGUUCCGUUAGUAUUUAAAGUCGUGCGUGCACGAGAAAAGUUAUCGACAAGGGUGGAGACCAUCUGACGAGUAGUGUAUUUGUGUAUAGGAAGAUUUGAAAUGUCCGACACUGAAGUAUCCAUACCAAGUAAGGAGUCCCUUGAACCAGAUAAGAUUUCCGACGAAGACGUUAGUAAUGCCGAUUUGUUUUCUUUGUUCACGACCUACAUGAACAGCAAGUUGGCAGGUAUUGAGAGAAACUUGGACGACAAGACCCACAGCCUUGCUAAGAAGGUGAAGAAAGUCGAAACCACGUUCCGUUUUAAAGGGAACCAAAUACAGUUUGAGUUAAAUUCUGACAUUAUAGACAGUAUUGACAGAGCCGUAGAAUACAUUGACAGUAAGAGGCCCGCUAGAGCUACGAAGCUUCUUGAAGAGUCCAGUAAAGUACUUAAAAUGCGUAACAAGCUGAUCCGGAUAGCCGAUAAGUCGGAGGGUGGCUGGAACACAGUGCAGGAGUAUUUAUCAGACGACGUUGCCAGUAACUCUGAGGAUGAAAAACGUAUUAGAGCGGCGGAAACUAGAGCAGUUAGGAAAAUUAAGACGACAAAGACAGAGAAAAAACAAGGCCGUAAAAGACCCGCUGAAGCAGCAGGAGCACCCAGUCAAGGUACACAUAAUGGCGGCAGCUUUAUUCCUACUAUUUCUACACAACAGCCCUUUCGUGGCAGCCACGGCCAAGCUGGCCCGAGUAGACAGGCCAAGGCCGGAGACAUGUGCUAUUCAUGUGCCAACUUUGGGCACUGGGCUAGAGAUUGCCGAGCUAAGGACAAAAAAUCUGGAUACAGAGGAGGUGCCGUUUAAAGAGUAUGGACCACACAGUGACAUUUUUCAGAAAACGUUCGUCACUGGACAUGGUAUUAUUUGGUCAUCGGACUAUGUUUGUACAGAUGUACUUUGUCACCGGACCUACACUGGAAGUGUACUUGCCUACUUGGUCACUGGACCCCUGAGAAGUAUUUUAUUUGGUCAUUGGACCUUUUUUGUGUUCACCACUGGGUGAUAGUUGGUCACUGGGCCACAUCUGGCCAUUAGAGAUCGUAUGUUAAUUGAAUGAACUGAUGCCAUUGUGUAUUAUUUGAAUGAACUGAUACCAUAGUGGUGAAAACUAUUUGAGGACAUUUGUCUUGUGUUUUAUUUGUUUAAUAAAUUAUGAAGAUGGUCACCGCACCUGACAGUCUCUAUAAUGGUGUUUUUCUUUAUUAAUACAGAAACAAUUUCACAGCUAAUAAUUGAUACAUACGUAUUAUUUAUUCGUAGUUGGUAUUAGGUUGUCGUUGGAAAAUAAGGAGCCUAGAGUAUAUAAAUAAUUUAUUUUCGGUUGAACAGA